AUGCCAUGGAUUCUGGUUUUAGCACUUUGUGCUUCCUCAACAAUUGUUAUUCUUGGGGAAACCAAUGAACGUCGUGACAGGAAGCUUGCUAAUAUUGAUCACUCAGAUCUGGUAAGCAUUGAUUGUGGGGUAAAUGAGAGUUACAUUGACAGGACGACCAACAUGCAAUAUCAAGCAGAUGAAAUUCAAUUUGGUAAAAUUUACAAUGUAUCUUGGAAUUACAACUUUGAGUAUGUAAGUCAGAUUGAGAAGCAGCUAAACACAUUGAGAAGCUUUCCAGAUGGGAAAAGGAAUUGCUAUACCUUGGAACUUAAACAGGGAAAGAACAAGAAAUAUAUGAUGAGGGCAUACCUUGCAUAUGGAAACUAUGACAACAAAGAGACACCACCAAUUUUUGAUUUGCAUCUCGGUGUCGAUUUCUUAAAGAGAAUAAACCUAACUCAGGAGCCUCAUCCCGUUAUUCGAAUCGAAGCUAUUCAUUUUUCCUCAACAGCGACAAUCGAUUUCUGUCUCGUAAACAUCGACCAUGGGGUUCCUUUCAUUUCAUUAUUGGAACUUUCUCCUUUGGAAACUUCUGUUUAUCAAACUUCAUCCACUUUAUUAACACUAGAUCUUCUCACGCGAAUUAACCUUGGUGUGUCUCCAGACAACAAUUACUUCAUCAGGUACAUGGAUGAUGUAUAUGGGAGGUCUUGGCAAGUACGAACAGAAUAUAACGAGAAUCCAAAGAAAACAUCAUCAGCUAUUGAUUUGGAUAAACUUGUUGAUCCUUAUAAACUGCCUUCAGAAGUUUUGAGCACUGCAGUGGAGGCAUUAAACUUAUCCGACUCGUUAGAAUAUACAAUGAAUUAUGACGCAGAUUCUGAAUAUUAUGUGUAUCUUCAUUUUUUUGACUUUAAGGACCGGGCAAAUAAAAUGAACCGGAUAUUGAAUAUUACUAUUAAUGGUUUUGAUGAUGAUGUCACACAACCCCUUACUCUUUCAUAUUGGAAGCCCAAUAGCGUUAUUCUGCCUAUAAAACAAGGGAUGGGCAUUUAUAAGAUAUUGAUUGAAGCAAUCUCUUAUUCUGAUUUACCUGCCAUGCUUAAUGCUCUUGAGAUUUAUAGAGUAGUGCCUCAGUCAGAUUCUGCCACUCAACAAGACGAUGUUGAUGCUAUGUGGAACAUCAAAGAUUUUUAUAAGAUCUCUAGAAUGAAUUGGCAAGGAGACCCUUGUGAGCCGAAGAAUUUUACAUGGGAAGGUCUGACUUGCAGCAAUGGGGACACUCCAAGAAUCAUUUCAUUAAACUUGAGUUCAAGCAAAUUGUCAGGGGAGAUAGACAUCUCAUUCUCCAACCUCACAUAUUUAGAAAUUUUAGAUUUGUCAAACAACCAACUGAUAGGAGAGGUGCCAGAAUAUUUUGCAGAACUACCAAGAUUAAAAAUUCUUAAUUUGUCAAGGAAUAUGCUCUCAGGUUCCAUUCCUAUGAGUCUAAAGGCAAAGUCAAACGACACUUUGCAGUUGAGUUUGGAUGGAAAUAUCGAUAUGUAUCAGACAGGCUCAUGGGAAAGCAACAAUCAGAAGUUUAUUGUUCCAUUAGUUGUAUCUGUAACAACAUUUUUUGCAGUCCUUAUAAUAUCUACCAUGGUCAUCCGGAGACUUAGGAAAAAAGAAAAAGUAAUUUCUUCAAGUUCUGUCGAGGAGGAGCAAUUAAAAUCAACAAAUCAAGUAUUUUCUUACUCAGAGAUUCUGAGAAUCACUGAUAAUUUCGAAACAAUGAUCGGAAAAGGGGGAUUUGGUAAGGUUUACCUAGGUACUUUAGAGGGUGGCAUAAGAGUUGCUGUAAAGACACUUUCUUUGCCAUCAACACAAGGGUAUAAGGAGUUUCAGUCAGAGGCAAAAUUGUUGAUGCAUGUUCAUCAUAGAAAUGUAGUUUCUCUAGUGGGAUACUGUGAUGAAGGUGAUGCUAAAGCACUUGUUUACGAGUAUCUCCCAGAGGGGAAUCUCCAACAAAAAUUGUCAGAUAAAAACACAAAUGUUUUGGAAUGGACUAAGAGACUUAAAAUUGCCCUGGAUGCAGCAAAUGGAGUGGAUUAUUUGCAUAAUGGAUGUAAGCCCCCUAUAAUUCACAGGGAUUUGAAAUUAUCGAACAUCUUAUUAGAUGAAAAUAUGCAUGCCAAGAUUUCAGACUUUGGAAUGUCUAAAAGUUUUGCAAAUGACAGUGACACUUAUGUCACAACUUACCCAGCUGGCACACCAGGUUACGUUGAUCCUGAAUUUUAUUGCACUGGGACUCUAAAUAAGAAGAGUGAUGUUUACAGUUUUGGGAUAAUUCUACUAGAGCUAAUUACUGGUCAGCCAGCACUAAGAGGAACUCCUGACAAUCUUAGUUACAUACUUCCUUGGGUUAAUCUUAAACUUAGAACCGGAGAUAUCCAAGAAAUAGUUGAUCCAAGGUUACGAGGAAAAUACAACACAACUUCAGCAUGGAAACUUUUGGGGACAGCCAUGUCUUGCCUUGCCUAAGUUCCAAUUCACAGGCCUGACAUAAGCCACAUAGCCUCAGAACUAAAGGAAUGUUUAUCUCUAGAAAUAUCACUCGAAAGGGCUGUGAGCAGCGUGAGAGAUUCAUUCAUCACAAGUUCUAUGCAGAUUGAAUACCUUUAAUCGUAUAUUAGGCCAAAUCCUAGGUGGUGGGAUUGCUUAAUUCCAACCUUAAUUAGCCCCACAUGAUACUUUGAUUUGGUUUUAAAAUAUUGUGAAUAUGUUUGCUUUAUAGUAAUAAUUGGACUUUGUUUUCGCUAAGGAUGUUCAACGGUCAAAUAAAGGUGAACCCAUGUUGAUGUAUUUUGUUUUACGCACUUUUUCUUUUGGAUAAUUUGUCAUUCCACUAGAUAAUUAAAACUCACUUUAAUUUCC